UGCGUAAUUUUCACACACAAAAAAGUAAUACUUCUAUUCGUGGUUCUCUCAAAAGCAUUAGCCGAAGUUUCUGAGAGAAUGUCUUUGGAACAGUCGUCGGUUGUUUCACAUUUUCGCUUAGUGAAAAUUGUGUGAGAGUGAGUUUUUUUUGUUAAUUGAGCUGUUUUGCGAAUGGAGUUAGGCGUGAACUGGCUUUUCCAAACUGAAAUUCCCACCAUCUGCACUGAGACGAGGGGACAUUUUAGGACACAACUGGUCUUCGUAAUAUGUAUGCACCUCAGUUCUCCCUCCGGCCUGCUGGCCCUCAGAAGCAGGUUCAAGUGAGCCAUGCUGCUGGUAAGGCAGCCCAGCCACAGACACCGGAGUCGCUGGUGCAAGUCGCGUCACAAACACACGAAGGCGUUGACCAUCGCUCUAUGCUCGGAAAGUUGAAGGUGCAGUUUGGUGUGUACAAGGGAAAGACUUUCAGCUGGCUUUUAAACAAUGACCGGGACUACAUGGUGAAGGUUCUGGCAAGCCAUGAGGUGGAGCAAGAGUGCGACAAAAGCACCACCUUGCUUCAGAGAUACAAGGACGUCCUGCUGAGGUACGCUCGUUUGUUCCCAGAAGUGACCGCUGCCAUAUCUGCCAAGAGGCGGGCAGAGAUGGAGGCCAUGGGCCACCGGAUGGUUGGUUUCGGCACAUACAGUUCCCUCACCUACAGGGAGCUGUAUGAGAGCAGAGAGCAAAAAAUACGCAGCUACAGGAACUUGAUUAGGAGGCUACGGGUUCGGAAUGUCAACUCUCAGUUUAGUAAGCUAAAACAGUACAUCCUCAGUAUGGACAUGGACUGUACUCCUGCUCCAUCCACUUCCUGCUCACUGAUGUGCACCACCAACGCAGACGUCCAGUCCAACACCACCUUAAGGAUUUUAUCAGUAUCAUCGUUGUCCCCUCAGUGCCAGGAUACCAAUCUGGGGAGCGCCACGGUUCCUUACGCAUCCAGCACCACUCCUGGUCCUCCAUCACAUCCCACAGCUCAGAUGUUCCCAUUGGAGUCCUUCAGGAUUAGCCUUCCUCCUGAGCAGAGAGAGUGGCUAAGCACGGUCCUGUUCUCCACGGGUGCAACAGGAAAGUGUGUUCUCUCUGAACAACUGCAGUUGUGGUACAACCCACCCGGUCCUUGA